CGAUCUUAUCGAGAAAUUUGGACUCCAUGGAUGCUUCUUUGGUUUCAUUUUUCUUCCACUCCUGUUGUUUUCUACCUGUAUUUCGCCGCAGCCGCAAACACGAUUGAAAAGAAAGAGAGGAAAAAGAGAGAACUUCUUCCAAAGUCUUUAUCUUUGGUGUAGUGUGGGGCUGCUUUUAAGUUACAUGUAACAUUCUAAAGCUAUCCGUCCGGCUCUUUGCUCAGGAAUCCACCAUUGCGGAUCGAGACAAAGCCGAUUCUUUGGUGGUGGAGUGUCAACAAAGUAUGAUUUCUUCUUUUUUUUUUCUUCUCUUCUUUCGGUGCUUCCUCAUCUUGUUCUUUUGGUUCGCUUCGAGCUGUCAAAUGAAUUCAUUUUGCUGGCUGCAUAGAAGUCUGGAGAUAAAAGCCUGCUGGAUUGUCCAAGGCUGAGCUAGAACCGUGCAGAGCGGCAGUGUCCUUUAAGCUGUUCCACGAUCGUCGUUCUCUUUUGCCAAGAAUGGGCGUGGAAGAGCCACAGCAGCAGCAGCAGCAGCAGGGAGUUAAGUCCUCGUGCUGCGUGGUGAAUACCCACGAGCCAAUUCUGGUUCCUCCCGCAAAGUCAAGCUCCGCGCAACACAAGGAUGAACGCUACUUCCUCACGAACUUGGACCAGAACUUGGCUGUUAUCAUGCAAACCGUCUAUUUCUACAAAGGAUCGGGAUCAUCCGAGCUCCAGCAAGCUCCACGAGAUCCUGUGGAUGUUGUCAAGAAGUCACUGGAGGAAAUUCUCGUUUUGUACUACCCCCUUGCAGGAAGGCUGGCUUUGAGCCGGGACAUGAAGCUGGAAGUUUUGUGCAACGACCAAGGUGCUUUGUUUGUCGAGGCCGAUGCAAAUGUCUCGCUUGAGCAGUUUGUCAAGGACUCGAAGCUCGGGCAAGGCCUGGAUGCAAAUCUAAGGCAAUUCGUCUACAGCGUUCCUGGUGCAAAGAGCGUGCUCGACAUUCCUCCGCUGGUCGCCCAGGUGACCAGAUUCCAGUGCGGAGGAUUCGUUCUCGGCCUGUCUCUAAACCACGCAAUUUUCGAUGGUAUAGCCGCUAUGGAAUUUGUAAACUCGUGGUCGGAGCUUGCUCGAGGGGUUCCUCUCUCGGUCCCUCCGUGCCUUGACAGGAGCUCCCUCCGAGCCAGAAACCCACUCCAGAUCGAAUUCCCGCAUCCGGAGUUCCUGGAGGCGGAUCAGCCACCCAGCGAUCAACCGGCCGAGAACAGCGAACUCGUCUUCAAGUCCAUCGCCUUCGAUGAGAAGAAGCUGAGCUCUCUCAAGGAAGCCAUCCUCCGGGAGGGAGUUCUGGACAAGUGCAGUAGCUUCGAGGCUUUCACGGCGCUGGUGUGGAGGUGUAGAACCAUGGCGACGAGCAGUGAUCGUCUCUCGAGCAGGCAAACGAAGCUCCUCUUCGCGGUGGACGCCAGGAACAGGCUCUCGCCCGCACUCCCGCGAGGCUACGUCGGGAAUGGAAUCCUCCUCACUUGCGCUCUCACUAGCGUGGAGGAUUUGUUGCAGGGAUCGCUCUCUCACGCCAUCGAGCUCAUUCGCGCGGCGAUCGCCAAGAUCGACAAUGCUUAUCUUCGCUCCGUGAUCGAUUUCUUCGAGCAGACAAGGUUACGGCCGAGCUUGGAGUCAACGCUGGUCAUAACAACGUGGUCAAGGCUGGCGUUCCACACGACUGACUUUGGGUGGGGCACACCGCUCUUCACUGCGCCAGCCAGCUUGCCAGAGGCGGAGGUGGCACUGUUUCUACCCCACGGGGAGUCGCGCAAGGGAUUCGAACUGGUGCAUGGGCUGCCCGAGCGUGACAUGAAAACGUUUGUGAGCUUGUUGGAGACCAGCUGGAUUUGAAAUUUGAUUAUGGUUUAGAUUUAAGCAGCUUGAUAUUAAUCUGAUUGUGUUUAAUCUGAUCUCUUGCGUUGAAUCUAUGUAUACAGGUCCCAGCAAGAGCUUUUAAGAAA